AUGAGCCGCCCUUUCACCUCUCCUCCUCCACCCGACGUCCACCCCGCCAGAGGCACAAGACCAUCACAACAAGCUGCCAGAAACAGCUCCAGCGACCACCAAGCCUCCCGUCGCGCCGGGCUGACUCCCAUUUCUACCUCCAGCGCUAUCCACAAUUCUUUCGCCGCUGCGAAUCGCCCGGCCCAGUCGCCCACCGGCGCAAGCUCGAACUACAUCUCAGCGGCCGCCAAUCGCCAGAUUACCAGUCGACAGUCUUCCACAUCGUCAGCGAGCUCCUUCGUUUCGCCGCCUGGCUCUGUGGGACCCCUAGGCAAUCGUUCUCGCAACGCUACGGCUGCUGGAAGUCCGCGUCUUGCUGCUUCUAUCGCAAGCUUGUCGUCUGCUGGCAUUGGCAGCGCAGGGGGAGGUACCUCGCGCCUGGCACGACACUCGCCCUCGCUUUCUCUAUCGAACAGCGCUGGAUCUCCAGCAUCACCGACCGGCACACACAGCGCCAGUGGCUCGUCCAGUCAACUGACGAGCCUGGUCCUUACCCAGUUGAACAUCCUCCUGAGCACAAUCAAGGAGGACACUGACCGUGCAAAGUGGGAGACUCAGGCGGAGAAAAUCAGACGCCUGGUCAAUGGUAGCGGCAUGGAAGUCUCCACGACGUACUUCAGACGGCUGCUCCAGAGCAAUGCGUCCACAAUCUUUCCCGGCGCGCCGCGUGCGCCGGCGGGGCAAGAGAACGCUGGGAGCUAUCAGCUGCUGUUAGAAGAGAUGCAGAAACUUGCCAAAGACCCGCAGCAGGCAGACAAGAUUGCGCAGUCACUUGACACAUCUGAAGGCGACCUGUUCCGCGAUUUCGACCUGGCGACAUUCGUUGAACAUUUCCGACUGGAUCCAAUCUCCAAGACAACGCUAGUACUUGCGUGCAGAGCAGUGACCAAGGCGGAUCUGCGUUCCAAAGCCGAUGCCAUCUUAACCGCCAACUUCAUCUCCAAUUUCUUCAACACACUCGCCAACCCUCAAGUCACCGACCCUGACAGCGAACCAUCACCGCUCGUACUCGCAUCGAUUGUCGAACAUCUCAUCCAAGAUCCUCCACAGAGCUGGGGAGAAGAGCAGCGCGAUAGUCUAUUCUACGCCAUUCGAUUACGAUACAACAACCUACGGUCGCGGGUUCCACCUGCGAUCGAGGCAGCCAUGGUGCUGGACGACCUACUUUCAGGCAAUGACUCGCGUCUCGCAAACCACCUCCAGCGGGCAGGUCCACGAAGCACUGCCAGUCUUGAAGCCUGCAAGCAGACACUGAGUGGAGUUGAUCUCCGCGACUUCACUUACCUGCAAAUUGCAUGUGCGCUCUUGUACACUGUGAUUGCGGGUGGUGGCGAGCUCUACGAUCCGCACGUGCUAGUGGAAGGCAUUCGACAACAUCGAUCUGGACGUCAGAUUGAUUGGACGGACGUCGUGGUGCAAGGAUUCGACAGGGAACACCUGAGAGUGACGAAGAAGCAGUUCCUGACCCUGUACAACGCCCUGUUGCCUCUUGCAAGAGAGUAUUCGAAUUUUGACAUUCAAGGGCUGUGGGGUGGUUCAUGGCAACACGCAGAGACGCAGUUGAGCUUUGUGGUGGCUUUCUUGCAGACCACUUCAGAAGAGCUGGAUGUCAUGCAAAUACCGAACCUCAGGCAAGCAUUCGACUUGACUGACUUCGCCACAGCUUCGGAUAGCGUGCGGGCUUUUGCUGAACAGGCAAUCAAGCACCCACUUGUGUCACGAGAUGCGACAGAGGCACUCUUCACUAUGAUCUUCAGAUCGCAGGAGACCUACAACCUCGCUCAACAUCUUGGAAUACCCGAUAGCGUCAUCAACCAGAACAUGACGAUAUUCGUGUGCGCAGCGUCCGCCGUACCAAAACCCUGGGCGCCGCUGCAAGACCAAGCACUGAAGCAGCUGUUCUAUCCAUUCCUCACCAAGCUCCACGACAACUACGAUUUUGUCAUGCACGCGGUGUGGCAGCACGACAAGCAGUGGACUGCGAGCAGAAUGGUAGAGUUCUACGGCCAAGAUCAGAUGCUGCUGCCAUUCAUCUUCGAGCACGGAAAGGAGCACGGCUGGCUUGAGCCGCUCUUCCACAUUACCAAUCAGAUGGCUGUCGACCUCGUCACCUAUGCUUUCGGCAAAGGCGAGAGUGAUCUUGAGCAAUGGGCCCAACAGCACAUUGGCAUCAUGGGUCCACAUCAAUUCGCCGGCGCAUGUGCCGAGUUUCUUAAGCGGAAGAUGGACGAUGAGGCCAAAGUCCAGCGUGAGGGUAGUGCACCAUCGACUGCGCCUCUUACGAUCAAGACUGUACAUGCCUUGCUCCUACUCAUUGUCGAUAACACCCCUGAUGACUCGAUGGGCCCGCUGUAUAGGCAAUGUUUGCAGCUUUACCCACGGCUCUUCAAUUACGGACAGGAUGAGAAGCGAGACGCGAUCAUUGACUCAAAUGGAAUUGCACCAAAUGGCCAACAUCGCCACAGCCUACUGGACAAUGCGACGAGAGACAUGGAAGAGCGUUAUAAGGAGAUGUACGGAGGCUCUACGAAUCCCGACAACUUGGUGACGGAGCUCAAUCGACUCGAAGUUUCAGAAGAUCCUGCCGAGCAAGACUUGUUCGCUGCCAUGCUGUUUGGGUUGUUCGAGGAAUACAAUUGCUUCGGCGAGUAUCCGAACGAGGCUUUGGCUACCACAGCCGUCCUUUUUGGCGGCUUGGUGUCAUACCACGUACUCCAUGGCAUUGCCGAACAAGCGGCAAUCUUCAUGAUAUUCGAAGCGGUCUCCGAGUACGGUCCUGAGGAUCCAAUGUACCGAUUCGGUUUGCAGGCCCUCAUCCAUGUGCUUCCUCGUCUCAAGGAGUGGCCACACCUGGCGCAGCGCAUUCUGCAGACCCCAAGCUUGCAAAACACUCAGGCUAUCGGCGCCGCAGAAGCUGCGUUGAAGGAAGCUUCGCCGCAGGACCCACUCACGCUCAACGGAGAUGGCAUCAACGGCAUCACAAAUGGUGUCGUCGAUGAAGAAUUUUCCGCAGUGUCUGAGCCUCCUCCUUUCACGGCUAUCCAGGUCGAUCCACCGAUCCGAGAGAACUUCUAUGAGGACCCAGACGAAGACACCUCGGACAAGGUCAUGUUCGUCCUCAACAACGUCUCGAAGCGAAAUCUGGAAGAGAAAUUCAAGGAGAUCGAUGGUGCCCUCGACGAGAAGUAUCACCAGUGGUUCGCCCAUUACCUGGUUGACGAGCUGGCAAAGUCGCAGCCAAACUUUCAGGGCCUCUACCUCAAUGUACUGGAAAAGUUCGACAAGAAGAUGUUGUGGGCGGAAGUCCUUCGUGAGACGUACCAGAGCUGUCAAAAGAUGUUGAAUGCUCAGUCGACCAUGGACAACCAACACGAACGGGCGACUCUCAAAAACUUGGCUGUCUGGCUGGGAUCAAUUACACUGGCACGGAAUCAGCCAAUCCUACACCGCAACUUGUCGUUCAAGGACCUGCUGUUGGAGGGCUACGACACCCAGCGACUGCUGGUAGCCAUUCCCUUCGCGUGCAAGACCCUUUCACAAGCUGCACAUUCGAAAGUGUUCAAGCCUCCAAAUCCGUGGAUAUUGGAGUUGCUCGGCCUGAUGAGCGAGCUCUAUCACUGCAUGGAGCUCAAGCUGAACAUGAAGUUCGAGAUUGAGAUGCUUUGUCGCGAAUUCCAAGUCGAGAUUAAGAACAUCGAGCCAGCAGAUAUCAUUCGCUCGAGACCUCUUGUGGAUCACAGUAUGCUCCAAAGCUACGUUCCCGACGGCGGACCAGACGCCUUUGGCGAUAUGGCCCUCAUGGGCUUGUCUAAACGUGGACCCAAUGAGCGCUUCUCGCCUGAAGCUGUCAUACAGGCAGUGCCGGAUAUGGGAAGCAUGCUUCAGAUUCCUCAGGCAGCCGGAAAUCUCUCUCAACAGCAACUGCGCAGUAUCUUCGUCAAUGCCGCUCAACAAGCCAUCUAUGAGAUCAUUGCUCCAGUGGUUGAAAGAUCUGUCACAAUCGCCGCCAUCUCGACAGCAGAGCUCAUUCAAAAGGACUUCAUCACUGAGGGCGAGGAGGCCAAGGUUCGCAACUCUGCGCAUACCAUGGUGAAGUCGCUCUCUGGCAGCCUUGCCCUGGUCACAUGCAAGGAGCCACUCAGGAUGAGCAUCACCAACAACAUCCGCCUCCUUGCCCGCGCUCUGCCAGAACAGCUUCCAGAAGGCCAGAUACUGAUGUUUGUCAACGACAACAUUGACACGGUGUGCAGUCUUGUUGAAGGCGCCGCUGAAGAUCAUUCAUUGGCCGAGAUCGACUUGCAACUCGAGCAAGCGAUAAACGAUCGGAGGCUGCACAACGAACAGAGACCCAACAAGCCGUUUGCUCAGACACCGGUCAGUCGAUGGUCGACUCUCAUCCCCGAGCCCUUCAGACAAGACCAGAAUGGCCUCAACAGACAACAGCUUAGCCUUUACGAGGAGUUUGGACGACAGGCACGCAUAGCCCCAGCGGCCCACGCCAACAACGUGUCCCAAGACAGUAAUCGCCAGUUGCCUGACGUACUGUCAGAGGGUUACCUGCCGAGUCUUCCUACCCCCGCAGAGGCGCCCGCCAUGCCACGUCCGACCCAGCAGCAGCGCCUACCAAGCGUUGCUACUCAAAACCACCACCAGGUCAACGGCUACAUCGACCAGAACAGUCUUGGACAGAGAAUUGCCGAACUUAUCGAAGAGCUUCAGCAGACUUCGCGAGAAGCCAAAGAGGAGCACAUCAGCGAGAUCGGUGAAGGUGCAGCCAUUCGCCGUGUCUAUGGCCAGCUGGUGCACCUAAUCGAGAGCACGCCACAGCAAGACACGCUUGCCCUUCUCUCAGGUCAACAAUGUUUGAGCGUGAUCUACACGACCGCGCAGAAGCGGUUGGAGAUCGAGGUGUUCGUACGCUUGCUCAUGCAGCUCUGUCGCAUGUCAGUGCCAGCGGGUAGACACCUCACCAUGCAACUUGCGACAUCUGAUGACGAUCGCAUGUAUAACGCAGCAGCCGCUGUCUCGCUCGUUAACGAAGGUCUGAUGGAUCUCCAGCAGGUCGAUAGCCAGAUCUCGAGAGCGAUUAAGCAGCGCCGUGUGGUUGUCCUCCCCUUCUUGAAAGACAUUCUCGAGGAGCUUCUCUUGGGCGAGACGCCAAUCUCCUUCCGUGCCGACUUUGUGCUCACAUACGAAGCUCUUGCAUACUGGCUACAAGAAGAGCCGGGCCUUGAGCUUGGAAGAGAGAUCAUGUCCAAGCUCCAGCUACCAGCCAGCCAGAUCAACGGCAUGCCCAGCCCAGAGGCCGAGUCCAACAAGCAUGAUCAGCUCGAAUACGUCUUCGAGGAAUGGGUCAGACUUCAGAGGAAGGACCUCCCCGAGCAUUCCCACCUCGCUUUCGUGCAGCAGCUCCAUUCGAAGCGCAUAAUCUCUGAACCGCAAGAGGCUAUGACCUUCUUUCGAACCGCCACCGAGAUGUCCUACAACGAGUUCGAGCGGAUUAGCAGCAUCCCAUAUGGCACUCCGAGCCAAGCCUUCAUCCACGCAGACUCGCUCGCGAAGCUGAUUGUGCUUUUGAUCCUGAACCAGAGCCCUGUCGACGAGGAUGCGCAGAUGGCCAAGCCAUCGAAAUCGCUGGAGGCGCUGCUUCGCUUGAUCGUCCUCAUCAUGUCUGAUCAUCACAACAAGCAGCGAGAACGCUGGAACCCAAGAGUCUACUACCGCCUUUUCUCGUCGAUGCUUUGCGAACUCCACGAUCGCCGUCAUUUGCUGGCUCCACAGCAGCACCACAACGUCCACAAAGUCUUCGCUCAAGCGCUGCUCGUACUGCAGCCGCGAUACUUGCCUGGCUUCCAAUUUCCGUGGCUUGCUCUUCUGGGCCAUCGACUCUUCGUACCCGCCUGCUUAGCUGGCGCUGGCCGUUCCAGCGGCGCCUGGGACAUGUACUCGAGGCUUUUGACGGUGCUCUUCCAGAACUUGACCGAGUUGUUGUCAAUUCCGGACUCGCCGCCCGCGGUCCAAGACUUCUACCGCGGUGUGAUGCGUUUCUUCACCAUGCUUCAUCACGACUACCCCGAGUUCUUGAUCGAGAACCACAUGCAGCUGAACGCAAGCAUUCCAGUGCAGUGUCUUCAGCUACAGAACAUCGUCAACAGCGCUGCCAGCCGUGCCGUUUUCAACGACCAGCCGGACCCAUUCACACCUGGAUUGAAGAUCAACAGACUUGAGCAAGUGCGCCAGGCACCAGCUGUGCAUUCCGACGUUGGCAACGUCCUCAACGAGGCAGGCAUCAAAGCUGUCGUUGAGCAUGUCUGCAGUGGUAGCGACUUGAGCGAGCAAGACUUCAGCUACCUCCUGGCGGCUGUGGACCGCGAGGAUGGUCAGAUCAGCCCGAUCUUGCACAAUGCUCUCAUCCUCUACAUCGGCAUGCAUGCUACGUCGGCAUCUUCCGUCUUCUCGUCUGCAGCGGCUCCAGCUCGCCUCCUCGAGCGCCUACUCAGAGAAAGCCGCCCCGAAGCACGAUUCCACCAUGUCUCGGCCAUGGUCAACCAGGUGCGCUACGUCAACGCUCACACGCACUACUUCUCGACGGCGCUGCAGCACAUGUUCAGUGUCGGAUCACAGCAGAUGCAGGAGCAGAUCAUGCGUGUGCUGUGCGAGCGGCUGAUGGUACCCCGACCGCAUCCUUGGGGUCUGAUCGUCAUCAUGCUGGAGCUCGUCAAGAAUCAGACCUACGACAUCUGGGGUCUGCCUUGGAUGAAGACGGCGCCGCAAGUGGAAAGCAUGCUCACGAACCUCGCACAGAGCCAAGAGCACCGUCUCACCCGAAGCCCGAUGGGCGCGAUGAUGUAG